UAUUCAAGAGCAAUCAGCAUCAUGAUUCGAUCUUCUUCACGUUCUUUGUACAAAUUACGUGCUUUAUGUAGAUCAUCGUCGUCUGUUCCCUCGUACCGAUCACCUCUAUCGUCACCGAUUACUGCCACCGCCAUUCGGCGGUUCACCGCCGACUUGGGGAUAGGGAAUAAAAGAGAAACUGGAUAUUUCAGCUCGUUAGUUUCUCUACAGUCAAGAUUUCAUGUUUCUAGGGUUAAUGGAGCUAGUAAGGUGAGUUCUUUUGAAACGAGAUCGUUUGCAUCAAGAGCUUCACGAUCAAAAAGUGAGAAUGCUUCAGAGACUAGGAAAGAGGUAUCAACUGUUGAAGACCCUUUUGAUGCACCCACUUACAAUAUACCAGAGAAGCCAAUGACAUUUACAGAGGGAGCUUCCUAUAGUGUCGUGAUCUUGAUAGGGCUCGGAAUUGCUGCUGCAGCAGGAUAUGGUGUUUUCAAAGAACUUAUAUUUGAACCAAAAGAGUACAAGGUUUUUAACAAGGCUCUGCGAAGGAUUCAAGACGAUAGUCAGGUUAGCGUCAGAAUUGGCUCACCAAUUACUGGAUAUGGCCAGGAAAGCAGAAACCGAGCUGCUCGCCAAAGAAUCCCUAAUAGAGUUUGGAAGGAUGACGAAGGUGUUGAGCAUGUUGAGGUAAAUUUUUACAUCCGAGGGCCACAUGGAGCUGGAAAGGUUUUCAGUGAGAUGUUUAAAGACAAAGAAGACAAGCAAUGGAAGUUUAUGUAUCUGCAAGUUGAGAUACACUCGCCAUCCCCAUCAAGAAUGUUGCUCGAGUCUUAUAUUCCUGCUUGAUUAAAGAAACGCACCCGACAAUUCAACCUCAGAGAUCCAUCCAUUUAGGCAGAUGAUGGAAUUGAAAUAGCAGUUUGGUGAUAUGCAAAGGCACCAAAUGAUCAACUCAUAUAAAAGCCUAAAACAGCCGUUCUAUGAAAGCUGCAUCUUGUGUGUUUUCAUGAUUGUUUUUGGCCUUUUGUUCCUAUUUUUUGAUAUUUGUACCAUCCGAUAUCUGAGUGGUGGUUUCAUCACUGAUUUCGUAGUCCGACUGAACUACGUUCGGUAUGUCGUUAAUGAAAGUGAAAAGGGUUCGAGAUUUUGUGUGGUUACUAGCGAAAGAGAGACAU